AUGAUGAGGACGCAGAAACACCAAGCGGAACCUCUGGGGCACGAGUGUGGGAGAAAUUACCUCGGCCAGGUCAUCAGACUACCGCGGAGUGCUCAGCGGCUCCAGAACGAGUAUGCGGCACUCGAAAUCAUCCGAGCAAACACCACUAUCCCCGUCUCCAAAAUCCUCGAAUUCAGCGAAAAUGAAAAUGAGAAAGGAAUCUACAAGCCGGAAUGGAGCGUGUACACGGCACAACUCUUGAUUUGGUCAAAGUGA